AUGCCACGAUAUUCCUGUGCAAAGGUGACGAGGUAUCAGGUCCAUGCCGGCGUCAACUAUUGGCAGACUCCUUGCCUCCCAACCACGACCAUGCAUCGAGUUCAAGACAUCGACUCGGAGAGACUUUCCGUCAUUUCGUCCUCUCUUGCACCCCCACGCUACUCUCCAGUUGUCAGGAAUGAAAGCCAUAGAUUUAGAGCGGAGGCUUCUCCAGCCGAUACUCAAGACGACCCUCCGGAAGAGCCGCCAUCCUUCGCUGCGAGUGUCAUCCGGAUGUCAUUACCAAAGCCUCUACCUCCACCGCCACAGGCGACAGGUGAAAACAUUAUUACGAAUCAAAAUGAUCGUGCGCCCGCACAGAAUUUACCACUGCCACCUCCGAAGGACACCUUGUCCUGGCCACCUCCUAAUGCUUGGAUUGCAAACCGCGCCGUCAAUCCACCUUGGAACAGACCAUCAACACCGUCGAGUACGCAGGCGUCUCAGACUGGAACAACCUGGAGAGGCCCGGAAGCCAAUGAAGUGCUUCUUCAUACCUUCAUCCGGCACUUCAAUGGUUUUGCUCCCUUCCGAGAGUACCUCUCACGCCCAUCCACUGUAUCAUAUCUCGGUGGAUCAACACUGUUUUCACCCGGGAUGGGAGAAACGAAGCGCCGUGUGGAUAGAGUUUGUAUUAGGAACAACCAGAUGAGGAUCAAGCAAGCGUUGACGCGCAGUCAUUCACGAGUUGACGAGAUGCAAUGGGCUUGGCCUUUUGAAGAGAUCAGACUCAACUGGCUCGUUGAGACUGCGUACGAAGGCGAAAGCCAGACCAUAGAAUGUCAAUUUAACGACGCGCUCAUAGUGGCGGCAUUUACCCGCCCAGCCCCAGAUGUAGUCCCCGCAAAACGAACAGAGGAGCAACCGUUUAUGUUGUGGAUCUUUCCCGAGGGACAGCGAUGUUUGGAUCACAUACUGAUGUCGGCGCUCAUCAUCGAUCGGAUGCGUUCAGCUUAG